AUGCAGAUCAAACAAAAUCAGACUCGUAAUCCUCAUUGUCAUCUUCACAGUCGAGUACACAAAAUAUUCUUCCAUAUUAUUCAAAACGCAAACCUUACAAAUGAUCAAAAGAUUACGGAAUGUCCCACAGCUUUGGCUCAGGCACCGCCACUACCAUACCCGGCAGCUCAGGAGAGAGAACAACCUAGCAUCCGUGCCUCGAGUGUUUAUUCAGAACCAGAGAACGAGAAUUCCUCUUCAAAACGUACUGCUCCUCGUAGGAUGAGGGAGGCAGCUUCUCCAGCCACUCCUGGGCGAUGUGAACCUCGCACUCAGCCGAGAAAGCACCUAUUUCCUCGAGCCGGUGCGAUUAGAUUGCGGUUGGUUAAUGCCUUGAGAAGGGUUUGA